CUUUCGUUUUUCAAGCAAUAUUUUAAGAUACUGCGAGUGAAGAGAAGGACGCCCUGUGGCUUAUUUUGUCAUCGGUUUGUUUCGAUAGGUAAGUGCGUUUUUUGUGCUGAUAUCAAAGAGGUGGGGAAGAGAUCGGUGGGUAUGACAGUGUUUUUUUAAAGUACCGUAAUAGCUGAUAAAAUCCCCUGUAGUUAAUUUACCAUUUUAUUUUGUUUUUGAUGCUGGUUAAAAUUUGGCACGAAAGUAAAAAUCAUUGAUUGCAGUCGUUUGACUAGCUGUUCGCAAUAUUGGUGGCUCUUGUUGGAGUUAAAACACCCUGCAUUUUUUAUUUGCCGCAUAAAACAGGAUCAAGCACGAGGAAAUUACACCCCUGGCCGCUAACUGACAUCUGAAGUUUACAGGUUUUCUCGAUCUUAAAUAUUCAAAAGGUUUUCGUAUUUUCAGCACAUUGGUAUUGCUUUAGCCGUUUGUUGGUACGAUUAUCAUUUUAGACGACCAUUUCCCUUCUGCAGUAGCGUUCUGAAAUCAAAAAAUUAAUCAUUAAUCAAUUAGCUAACUGUCAAGCUAGAUACAGUACAUUGACACUAAAAUAAAGUUAUUAUUAUUAUUAUUGAAGAUUGUACUGGUCAAAUGUAGGCUAAACCAGUGUUUUUUUCUAUUCUGGUCAGAAAUUUCAUGCCAAGGGUUUUGUACAUUGUUUAUAACCUUCACAAAUAUACAAUUUUGUGUAACAUAAGGUGCAAGGGUGGUGCAGUGAUGAGAGCUCUCCCUUCCCACCAGUGUGGCCUGUGUUUGAAUCCCAGUGACAUUGCAAUAUACAGGGGUUUCAAUAAAAAUUGAAGUAGCCAGCAGGUUUGAAUAGAGUAACAGACUGUAUCAACAAGGGGCCAGUUGGUCCACUUUUUCUAGGGGAGUGGUGGGGGGGAAGGGAGUCUGAACAAGUUCUAGACCAGAAAAUUUUGAAAUUAGAAAGCCCUAAAAUGUGAUUUUCAGCGUUCUGGGAAAAGAACGUGUUUUUAUUCAGGAUUUAUCAGUCACACAAUCAACUCCUACAAGCAAUGAACAGUUAAUGAAAGCUAAAUUAUGUACUUUUACACGUAAACAAAUUCCCCAUAAACCUAUAAAGAAACUUGUGAAAAUAUGACUGAAAUAUAGCAUUCACGUGACUAGAGCAUAAUGUAAAACCAGUGGACCUUUAUGAAAACACAUCAUAAUUACAUUUUCAUUCAGUUUUUAUGAUAUAUUUUUUGUUUACCAUGUUAUUCAAACUAGUUGCUUCUUCUUUUUAGAAAAAAGUAGCUGACCUCUAUGAGCAAGGUAGCCGACAUGUUUCGUCAGCCGUCGGUGCUUAUUGAAACCCCUGAAUAUAUGAGUAAAGUUCUCUCCUUUGCUGCAAGGUUUUCCACCAUGUGCUCCAGUUUUCCCCUCUCCUAAAAAACCAAGGCUUUCAAAUUCUUAUUUGAUCUGGAAUGCACUGACAUGUUUAAGUAAGUUCUUAAGAACUCCUUAGUACUUUCUGGGUAAAAAGAUUACGUUAUUCAACUAGUAAUAGCUAUGGCUAAGUGCCAACAAGCAAAGAUUUCACCCAUUCACGUGCUGUUCAAUUUAUUUGAAAAUGUUAUGAAUUAUCGUAAUUUACAAAAAAUAGCUCGAUCUCAAUUACAUUGCAUAAGCAAAAAUUACCUUGAAAAUAGUGAACUAAACUGUUCUAAUGCAUAAAUAAUUAGAAAAACCUGACUUUACAUAGCACAUUUUCUCAUUUUCGCGAGGCUGCUCGUGGGCAAUUAUAUUAUUUAGAAAUAACAAAUUUAAAACAUUCCAAACAAUGAUGGUUAAUUAUGGCCAUGUCACACAGAGGGGCCUUUGUUUUAUAUCAAAAUGGCUGUCUGGAUAUAUACUGCAUUCUCAGUUUAUCAGCCACCCAAGAAGUACAUACAAAUUGCAAGAAAUCUUAAGUUUUGUCUUUGUAUCAUUUCAUUUUAUUCAUUCAUUUUGCCAAUAACCAUUAACUGUAUAUUAAUUCUAUAAUUUACAAAACACAAUGAAUUAAAUUAUUACUCUUUCAAAAUAUUUCCCCAAUUCUGAUUUGCUAAAAGCACACGCAUAAUUCACCACAACCAGUUACUGAUGACCAAAUUUGGAAGAAUUUUGUGUUUACCGAGGAAAUGACGUCAAAAAUGCAGCCCGCUACAGGUUAACACAGUUGAGUUGUUUUGGUUGUGAAAACAAAAAUGACCGUCGCUUCGCUUGUUUCAAGAGUAAGAACUACAGCUAGAACUAGGCGAAAUAAUAGCUAAAAACAUACACAAUGUAGCAAAAACAACAAGAAGUCAACUCCGAGGGCAACAUCUGCUAUUUGGAGAAUAUUUGCAGAACUGGAGAAACCUAAACUUAAACCUAAACAGCAAGAAGGCAACUCCGAGGGCAACAUCUGCAAUUUGGAGAAUAUUUGCAGAACUGGAGAAACCUAAACUUACACUAUCGAAGAUAAACUUAACAUCGAUGGAGGUAAGCAUGUUUUAGCUAUGUUUUUAAACUAGGAAUUAUUUUGAAUGAAUAAUAAAACAAUUAUUGAAUGCAGCUUUGAUAUCAUAUGUCUAUGGAGAUCUCGUAGGGUGGAUAACACCCUCCUCCAUAAUUCUUUAUAAGAUACUCAGCCUCAUUCAUUGAUUGUUAAAUACAUACAUACAUAUUAAAGAGAAUAGUUACUAUUCUAUUUUGAAAAUCUUUGAGAUGGUUAUGGCAAGGAAGCCUAUAAAGAAGCCAGGGUUUCCUGACAAUAUUAUUGGGUACACUCUUUGGAUUAAGGGUACUGAAUGAAAAAAAUGGAUUAUUAUGAAAAUUAAAGAAAAAAAGAAAACAAAGUAUGUAGCUCAAAAAGAGUAUAACUUAGCGACUAUAGAAGAAAGAAGGAACUUUUUAAGUCUUUUGUCACACAAACUGAUACUUCCACUGUUUUGAAUUUCAUGACUUAAAGAUUUGAAAAUCAUAAUAAUUAUUAUAUGUAGGGGCCAGUUAUCUAACUUUGGGGAAUUUCACACUCUUUACAAACAAUGGUUUGUUUCAAAGAAUAUAUAUGACAUGAGAACUGGUUCAUAUUAUGCAUAUAGUGAACAAGACGUCGUGGGAGAGAGUAUUUGGGCAUCAAUGUACUAAGCAUGUGUGAAGUUUUUUAUGUCUAUUAGGGAAGUGUGAGUAGUGCAGUACUUAGCGUAUAUUUUAGGGGUUGGUUUGGAUAUGUGAAGUGGAAGUUUGGAGUUACAUCGGACUCGGAUUUGGUAAGAUGGCUGUAGUUUGUUAAUCAGUGAACCUGGUUUCUCUUAGAAUUUAGUAUGAAGUAACAAAAAAGAUGUUGCAGUGAGGUAGUUAUAUUUAUUUACCGGCAACGCCUACCCUUCGAAGCCAAAGAUUGAUGGCGUAGUAGUGUUAGUUUGGUAUGAGGGGAUAGUGUAGUUGCAGUGUGUUGAAAUGAAGGGUUGUGAAAGAUCUUGUCAAUGGUCGAAAACAUACUUGUAAUUAUUUUGAACGUUGUUAGGCUUUCUGUUUUGGAGUGUUUUUCAGUUAUUUUUGAUAAUAUUUGUAUGGAGAGAAUAUAGAGAAGGGGGUAAGAAGAUGCUAAGGUGGGGGGGGGUACUGAAAUUUUGUGAAAAAUUGGUGAGGUCAAGGAGGAGGGCAUACAAUCUGGCUAUGCCUAUAGGACUAAGGGCCUGAUUACAUGAGCCAAACUGGCUUGCAUUAAAGAGAUCUCUGCACCUUAGGUAAGCCAGCAAAAAUCAAAAUUGCGAUUAUAUGAAAACCAAGCCAGCCUGGUUAGCUGGGAUCCCAGUGUUGUGAUGCUGGGAUCCCAGGUGGAAAUGUUCCAAGUGAUCACGUUUGCUGGGUGGCCCGGCAAAUGAACCAAGAGGGGAACAGGACAGUGUGUAACACACUGCUCAUGGGCAUUACUUCCAAUCUCAAUACAAAAAAAAUAUUAAUGGCAGCUCUGGGUUGGCCCUUUUCAUGUAGUACCGGGAUAAAAGUCAACUUGGCAGAGCUAGCCAGCCUGGGUCAUGUGAUCAGGCCCUUACUGUGACUCGUAUUGUCAUGCAGUUUGCACAUGAAAGCUUUGGAAUUUGCCACUUUUGUAGUUCAUGACUUAAUCUUAUUAACCCAAGGGUUUUAAAAAUAACUGUCACAAAUGCAGUUUGCGCAUGAAGAGGUUGGACCUUGCCCCUUUUACGCUUCGAAUGUGAAAGAAUGCAACUUGUUUACGAGAUCAUUUUGCUCAAUACGAUUUUAAGAAAUCACCUCCUUUCUGAAAAUUUGCAAUGAAAUUAUGGAUCAUUCCAUGGUUACCCUUAUUUAUCUCAUGCACGCUCGCAGAAUUUUGCGUGACAUCUUCUUUGUCUCUUGACAACUGAGGGCAAAAAUAUUGUCAAACUCUUGGCAAUAAGCCAAACCUGUCAAUUCCAACUUUUUUUUUACAGAUUUACCUAGAAAUUUCUGAAAAAUUGCCCGGCUUCUAGGUAAGAUAAAAAAUACCAUAACCUUAAGGUUUAUAAGUUUAUAUUUUCUGAGCAAAAAAUCUUCCUCUGAGAGGACAUGUCCUUACUGGCAAUGAAUAGUCUUUACGAUUAAAAUUAAAGGGCAAUGGCCGGUACCUAUGGUCUGGAAGAAAACCAUUCACGCUGUGUGUGGCAGGGACAAUAAUAAUAAUUAUUAUUUUCCAAAGGGAAAAUUUAAAUUAUUUAAUAGUUUGUUUCACUCAACAUACAGCUGUACCUUGUGUUUUCAAUUCAUUUGAUUUCUGUUGCCGAUUUGUUUACCGUGUGUUAUCUGUGGGACAUAUGAAAUGAGGAUAUAAAUGCUGUGUUGUGACACAUUGCGCAGCAGACAUUCUAGUUGUGUCGCUUGGCUUGUUUACGUUCACAUGUAUUACAUUCCUAUUGCAACUUUGAAUCAAAACAAGCAAUCUCGAUUACUCUAUCUGGGUGAUGCCCAAAUAAUAAUGUAUACAUGUA